UGUUGGGAGAGUUUGAACAGAAGUAAGGAUACAAAGCUCUUAGAUUUCAGCUUCCUUCUUUUGGGUUGGAGGACCGAUUUCGCCGAUAACUGAGUCAUUUGAAUUGUGGAAUCGUUUGGAGGUUUUUCGUUUCCUAGUAAUCAGGCAGUGCAUAUAUUAUCACAGCAUCUGUGGUUCAGUGUGCUAGGGUUUGUGGUGGUUCGAGGAACCUUCUGGUUUCCAACUAUCUGAGUUCGUUAGAAAUGAUGCCCGUUCACAGUUACAUGGACCCUAAUUCCUGCGACCAAGUUCAUUACCCUCAAUACUACCAUCCAGGCUUUCAGGCUGUUCCAUCCCACCUGAUGGUGGACCCAUCUAAACCUCCAGUUCUGUUUGAAUGUCCACCUUAUGGAAGUAACUAUGGCUGCUCAUUCCCAUGUCAUACUUACUAUAAUAAUUCUAUUCCUGGUUAUCAUAAUCUUAGAGCAUGCCCUCAUAUCCAACCAGUACCACAGCAUCACUGCUGUGGAAAUCAUCCUCCAUUUCCUGAAGCCUACCCUAUUCAUCAUGGUCUUCCUCCAUAUUAUCCGAGGGAGCAGCCCAGAUAUGAAUAUAGAAAAAUGUGGCCUCAGGAGUAUCAUUGCGGUGGGUGUCCCAAUCAAAAGAGCAACGACAAAAAUGAUAAGGUUGUGAAGAUUGAAGAGGCAUACUCUGAGCCAGAGAAUGAGAGCAAAAAUGAGUCUGUCGUUCCAUCGCAAUUGAAAAAUUAUCAGUAUCCAAUUGUGUGGUUCCCACCAGAGUACUUGAAGAACAAGGAAAAUAGAAACCCUUCAGAGACAAAUAUAGCAUAUGUUAAUGAUGAGAAGCCUGAUGCCAGGCCCCCUGAAAAUUUGAAGGCUUUCAAACAGGACCCUGGAUUUUGGAAUGGUUGGUUUUCUUUUGAUGAAAACAAGAUGCAGGAUGAUGACGGGAAGAGAUAUGAGGGUUGGCAAAAUAAACAUAAAGAUGAUGUCAGACAGUUUCCUUUUCCUGUUUUCUGGAUGCCUAAUCAAAGUACACAGGUUAAGGACAGAGAAGGAAAAGAGAUUACUGCUGCUCCAAGGUUCUCCGACGAGCCAUCUUCUGAUCCUAAGUCUGCCACAAUUAAUUUACGCACUGAUGAUGGUCCAAAAGAUACCCUUACAGAUGACUUGAAUUCUGGUUCUGGUAGUAGGGAUGGUUCAGAGAUGGUGGGGAGAAUUCCAACUCAGAAGAAUAUCCCUGUUAAGGAAAUACAGUCAACGAAGGAGGACGACAUCUUUGAAGAAGCUGAGAGAAAAGUGGGAAGUGCUACAAUGGAGAAAAGAAAAAAUGCCGAGGUAGACAAACCUUCUAGAAUCACAACUAGGAGACAGUUCUCAUCCCCGCCGAAAAUGUCGAAGUUACCUCCUGUUUGUUUGAGAGUUGAUCCCUUUCCUAGAAAAAUUGGCAGUGGUAGUUCAAGGUCUCCUAGUCCUCCAAGCUCUAAAGGACAAUCACAAGACAUUUUGGAGGACAUUUCCAAGGUUUCUUCCAACUUGAGUGUGAAUACCCAGCAGGAUUUUCACAAUCAAAGUGGCAUUUUAGAGAGCAGUGGGAGUGUUGCAUCAAGUGGAAGGCAGACAAAAAUCAUUAAGGUGGAGGAGAUGAAACCUGGAGAGAACAAGGAUGAGAAGACUGUUGAUACAGAUAUUAAAUCUUCUGUGAAUUAUGAAGGCAAGAUCUCUAUGGGUUCUGUCUUAAAGAACACUGGGAAAGAUGGUCGUGAAUGUCAAGUCAAGGAUGACAGAGCUCAAAGUGCAGGAGUCCUAAAGCUCGAGAACAUGACAAAAGCAAACAAAAUAAGACAUUCAGCUGAAUCAGCAGAUGGUGUACUGAAACAAGGGAGAAAAUUAUUUUCUGAUAUAGAAGCAGCUAUGGUUAUUCAAUCUGCAUAUCGUGGGUUUGAGGUGAGAAAAUGGGAGCCGUUGAAGAAACUGAAGCAAAUGACUGUUGUUCGUGAGCAGGUAACUGACAUCAGAAAUCGCAUCUGCGUUUUGGAGUCCUCUGUUGAUCACCAGAAAGUUGAAAGGCAAAGGGUGGUUUUGGGGGAGAUGAUUAUGAACCUUUUCCUAAAACUGGACACCAUUCAGGGUCUUCAUCCAAGUCUCAGGGACAUUAGGAAAUCUUUAGCAAGGGAGCUUACAACCCUUCAAGAGAAGCUUGAUUCACUUAUUAAGAAUCAUGAGAAAUUGACCAAUGAUGGACCGUGCAGCAUCGUAGAAAUGCAAGAAGAUCAAAAUGGGGAAACUGGUAUCGGGGAAGAUUCCACUGGGACUUGUUAUCAAAGCAGUUACGUAGUGGAAAAUCAAGGUCAGGUGUGCCAAACAACGGAUACUCCUAGCUCCAUAGGAGAAGUAUUUGGCAGAGAGGAUGUACAAUCUCAAAUUGACACAGAUUUGCCUGCGGUAAGAAAAGUUCAGAUGAAGGCUGCUGAAGAUACACUGGCUUCAGGAUCAAUAGAUGGAGCCAACAGUGGGCAGUUAGAUUCUAAACUGGCAGCUGGAGAGACUUAACAGGGAAGUUGUUUUGAUGAAGUGCAGACUUCGUUGGAUCCACAGGAUUUAGAAGAGAAGAUAUCUUUUAACAGGAUGUCAGGAACCCUCUGUGAAGGCGCUUGUGAUGAUUCAGGGAAAGAUGGUGAAUCUAAAGUGAUUGAUGUAAAUCACACAAUGGAUUUAGAUGAUAACCCAGAAGUGGAGACAGUGAAAGAACUGUCACAAGGUAUCAUUGAUGAAGAGGUUUAUGUUCCUGAGUAUGCUCGGAGACAAGAUGGUUCAGUGGCAGACGUCACAUGUGAUGGAGAGAUGGAAUCUAAUGCAUCUUCAAAUUUGGAACUGCCUGGUGUCCAGUUGGCAGGCAACAGCAUUGAUGCAUACAUGUCAGCAAAAUUGCCUCUUGGAGCAUUUGAUGAUGACAUUGCUGUUUUUGAAUCUGAUGGGCAUGAGAUCCCUAAAAUGGUGAAGGAUGAAACUGGACGAAAGGAGCACAAUUUGGAAAUUGAUGAUGCCUCUACACCUGCAAUUCUGAAUCAGAUGGAGAUGCAACCAAAAGAAUUACUCAAUGAAAUGCUCUCAUCAACUAAACAAGAGGAUUCGACAUCUUUUGGAAUGAUAAAGGAUAAUAGCUUUGGGGAUGCAGUACAUGAAGUUCUGGAGGAGGAACAACAAGAUUUGAAUGCUAGUGAUGAUAAUAAGCAAGGGGCAAUGUUCCUGCCAGAGGGUAUGCAACAAGGUUCUCCAGAAGAUUUCAAUGAAGUAUAUGACGAAAGAGAUGCUCGGAAUGGGUUUAAGUUUUCUGAAUUUGCAGAUGGUAUUUUGGAUUCUCAGGAGAAAGGAGUGAAGAAAGAGUCUUGGUGUCAAGGAUCAAAAGAGGGUGACAUCGAGAAAAAGGGUCUAGGGGAGGUGGCAGAAUUCCAAGAGCAUGAAUAUAAGAAAAUGAGAAGCCAGUCUAAUAGACAUAAGAUGCAUGAAUUGGAUGGUAAAGAAGUGACCCCUGUAUGGUUAGAGACAGCUCAAGCAAAAAAGGGGUUGGCACCUAUCACAUCAACUGUUAGUGAGUUAUUGAGUACUGAACAGGGUACAACAAUGGAAGGUAACAAGAAGCUGAUGGAAGAAAGUGAAAAAUUGAGGGAGAUGAUGGAAACACUAAUGAAAGUUGGGAAAGAGCAGUUGAAUGUGAUAACAAACUUGGCUGGAAGAGUGAAAUAUUUGGAGAGAAAGUUGGCAAGAAAGAAGAAAAUGAGGACCAGACGCGGUAGAACAGGAACAUCUGCACCAUGUAUUACCAAACCAUAAGGUGAUCCUGAGUAAUUGGCAUGUUGGUGUCAGAUUUGUUGAUCUGUGAAAAGAACAGAGAUUAUCUGCUCAAUGAAUGGGUGCCGGAUCUAGUAGCUGUUGGGAUAUUGGAAAUUCUGCAUUAAAUAGCUACAUAUUAUUUUCAUGACCCAAGAUAAUUUGCUUUUGCUGAGGCAUGAUUCUCUUGGGCUUACAGAGAUGUUACUGGGUUUUAUCGCAUUCCCUCAUUACUUAAACCUGGUUAAUAAGCAGUGCAGCUGAGCGCAUAAGCCUGCUCGCCUAUGAUGGAGUAAUAAGGUAUUGCCAUCAGAACCUGGUGUUUCUUGAAGUAGCCAAUCUAGCCAGCCCAUGGCCUCAGUCGGAAACUCUCCGAGUAAAAACAAAAGGCAGUCCUUGAUCUGCCUGCUAUCUAGGAUUAAACAACGAAGGUGUUCUCCUUGUCCUCAGAAGAUCAUACUGUUAACAGAGAGAUUAUUGGUAUUGUCUCUGCUUCAAUUUGCAAUUACGAUACUUAUCGUCGUUCUUGUAACAUUCAUUCAUGUUUCCUCUAAGAAGUGAUGGAACAACUGCAAAUGGAUGCUUAGAGAUGUCUUCUUUCUGUUCAUGGCAGAAGUUCUUGAAACAGUUUUGAUUUGGAAAAUGCUUCCAUGUUAAACAGAAGUUAAAGAGGAGUCUUUUUCAUUCGGUUAAUUCUCUGUUUUGUCUUCUUCACCAUCUUAAA